UCAACUAAUACUUGAUAAUUGUAGAACUAAACAUUGAGGUUUCGAAUAUUUGCCAAACAUGUGCUUCCGAAGGAUUGCUUUCCGUUUAUUGGCUCUCGCACAGUGGAUAAAAUCUGGCUAAUUCAUUUUCCACAUGAAUAAUAUAUUAUAUAAUAGUCGGUUCAAGAAUUAAUGUUUAGCAGUCUACAGAUGAUCGUUCACGGAGUGGCGGUGGUGUAUUGGGGCUGAUUAUUUUCUUCUCAAGACAUUAAGAGUGAUCCUACAGUGAGUUUAUGAUUGGCGCAAUUGAAUGUUAAGAGUUGUUCUCUUCUAUGGGAAAUAAUUUAUCUUCGUCAGAUAUAUGAAGUGUUAAAAUUGAGUCAUUCUGUUGCAUAUACUGGACAUUUAUAUACUUGACACAUCAGCUGAGAAGUAUAUGGGAUCUGUUGGGAAAACAGAAAACUCUGAGGUUAAGACAGUGUAAAUUGUUUAAAAGCAGGAUGUGUAAUGAUAAUAAAUGAAUACAUUUAUAAUUGGAUACUGGAACGGUUUCUCAAAGAUAUUCAACAAUGCGUCUAGCAAUAUAAAUUCUGAUGUUCCAAAAACCAACAGAAAUCGAAGAAAGAUAGCAUGUAAACCGUGUUUACAAUCGAUCAGCGACACUAAGAACAUGCUCCAGGUAUAUCACAUUGCGAAGAAAAAACUGCAAAGCACGCUUCGAUGCUAAAAUGGUUGCUUAUUACAUGGAUGACGUUCUGCAAUCGGUUAACAACCUGACAAUGCAAAAUCCUCAGGUAAUAAACAUUACAAACAUGACAAUAAGUGAGGCAUCAUUGAAUUUGACAUACGAUUACUACGAUGACUUAUGUCAAAAUAAUAUGCAAAGUAUAAAAGAAGGUCUACCAGGAUAUACACUAUGUAUGCACACUCUUCUUCCUACUAUAUGCGUGUUUGGGAUCAUCGGAAUUAUCUUGACACUUACUGUGCUGAGUAAAAAAAGCAUGUCAACAUCGACAAAUAAUUAUCUUAUAUCUCAAGCAGUGGCUGACCUGCUGUUCUUGGUAGUUAUAGGCGUGCGAAUCUUCGAUACGCGACUAGAACGGGUUACCCACCAUUACUACCUGGUGAUAAUGACCUAUGGAAACAUUUUCAUUAACAUUUUCCUUUUCGCAUCAGUGUGGCUGACCGUAAUGUUAACGGUGGAACGAUACAUUGCCAUUUGUCACCCACUUCGUGCAACGACACUAUGUACAGUAGUUCGGGCCCGGAUUAUCAUUAUAUCUAUCAUCGCCAUUGCAACGCUGUAUCAUGUCGUUUGCAUAUUUCGAUAUAAAGUUGAGUUUCACUGGGACCCAUGUGUGCAAAAGGAAUUGCCAGCAAUAAUCAUCACAAACCUAGGGCUAAAUAAGGAGUUUCGACACGUUUCCAGCUGGGUGGACUGUUGUCUCUUUGCAAUAGCACCGGUCAUAUUGGUUCUUGUCUUAAACAUUUUACUGAUAUUAGAAAUACAUCGUUCCACAAAGUAUUUGCGGCACCACUUGGCGAACGACUCCAACGUACGGACAAUCAUCUCUAAGGAGGAAAUGAGAAUCACCCGAAUGCUAAUUAUGGUUGUGAUUGUUUCCGGUGUGUGCCAAGGGCCGUACAUUAUUCUCAACAUUUAUAAGAGACUUUUUCUGGACGUCAUUUCCCCGCUUUUUAACAGCAUGACUUAUGCGACCAUAUUGUUUCUAGUACUGAGGUCAUCGUUGAACUUCAUCAUAUACUGUUGGUUCAGCGAGAAGUUUUGGAGCACGUUAAAGCGGAGCUUCUGUGUAGGAAAGUGCAAAAAAGGCUGGUACCCGAGUAUCUGGAAUAAUAAAGAACAUGGACAAAGAAAUAACAAUCGCAAGGUCUCGAUCAUACAUACAAAGGAAACGACGUGUUAGAACUGGGACGAUGUAAAGUAUAUUUUAGACAGUUAUAAUGUUGGACAACUAGAAAUAACGUUGUUUCUCUAUCAGCAAAUAAUAAAAACAAAAGUAAGAUUAUUAAACAAAUAUGCAUUACCCAUUGUUAAUGUUAAUUGUAUGUAACGCAAAUAAUAAUUUAUAAUUGAAAAAAGCCUUUUACUUUUACAUGUCGACUCAUUAUUUUGAUUUUGCAAGUGUUCCAGUAAUAAUGUGCAUUGUUGUGAUAAUCGGAUUCUAUAGGUUGUUUAUAUCUUAUUCUUAUGAUUUGUCAUAAUUUUGCCUCGUGAUGUUUUGUUGUUAAUAUUUGUUGGGUACUUUAUAUAUGAACAAAAUAUGUACACAAUAUUCCAUCUCAUAUUGUCAAUACUCAUUAAAUAUAUUGAAAUAAACCGUAUAUAUGUCAUAUGAAGUCAGACCAAGCGAUACAGUUAUAUAAGUUAUGUCAAUAAAUGACUAAGUUGGUCAAUAAAUGAUUUUUAAGUUUGGACGAAUAAUCGUAGAUUCACUGUAUGGUCUAGCACAUUACAUCUUUAAUACUUGUCACAUGAUAACUAAUGUCCAGUGAUGCGUAGUUAUUACUUUACGAUCCCAACAUAAUGCAAUUGCCCUCCUGCAUGCAUAGACGAAUCUGUAAGUUGUUGUUUUUACAUAAUAUAAACUAUGUUUUGUUUGUUGAUGCUGUAUACAUUUAAAGUGAUAUUAUGGGCAUCUAACAGUUUAUAGGUGUCUAUCUCAACCGUUGUUUAUUUUUGGUGUUUUCACUUCAUAUACACUUAUAUUUGUUAAUGCAGAAUCAGUAUUUAAAACAAUAUCCCGAAAAAUAAUGCAUUGAAUAUCAACCGUAGUUUCUUUUGACAACUGAUCAUGCAUGUACGAUGUGACCCUAAAUUAAGUUUUAGUGCAGAUUCGUUCAUACGACACAAAGACACAAUUUUGUUUUACGGAUCAUUUCGGCUUAGAAGACUGGGUGAGUCACGUAAGGAUAUCGAAUAUAAAAUAUGUUUUCAUAAACAACAGGUAGCAAGAUGAGUUGCAGAUAAUUGGUCAGUAACCACAUUUUAAUUAACUUUUUUGACCUGUUAAUUCGUUUCAGCUCAAUUCAAGAGUGAAAAUGCCCAUAAUAUCACUUCAACUGAUAUUAUGAAGACACAUCAGGUUGAAUCCAAUCUCAAAUGAAAUCAAUCAAAUUUACCUAUGUUGCCAAAAUAUGAAAGUUUGUUCACACGCAUAUCGGGAAUCAAAUACAUUUCAAUUCUUAAUUUACUACUGUCACUGAAGUGUAAAACUCAGUUAACAUAUGACUAAAUAUAUAAAAUCUCAAAUGAUUUACUUAUAUUUUUUAAACAUUUCUCAGCAAUAACAGAGUUUUAAUGAAUUGAACCAUGAACCAUCUAUAAAUGUACGUAUGCACAUGUAUUUGUAUUUCAUAAGACAAAAAAGUAGAUUUUUACCGCGUGUGUUUUCUUGAAAAAAUAUAGUAAUUAGUUUAUAUCGUAAGCAUCAACAAAUUCAUUUACUGUACAUAUUUUUUACCAUGUUAACGGUAAUUAACUUGGCAGUAAAUGUAUUUAUAUAGAAAAGGCUAUUUGGACAAUUAUAGAAUAAGACAAUACUGACAGUAUUAGAUUUUAAAUAGUUUGAAUGAGUGCGCAUUAAUAGUUAUACUUAUUCUAUAUCUAACAGUGCGGUAUUGUUGAUUAUACGUUUUGUCAGCAGGCUAUGUUAUUUAUCCAUCAAACACCGUGUGUUAACAUUAAUUUUCUUCUUGUGUUGCUUAAGCUCCUUGAUCGGUUUAUAUCAAAUUAUUAUUUUCCCAAACACAAAAGCUGGAACUUUGCACAUAUAUAAAAGAAUACGCCUUUAAUAUGAUUAUUUAAUAAUUCCCCCCU